UGCUUUUUCUGUUUCAAUUUACUCGGAGACUUGAAAAAGUAGCUUUGAUCUCUCAAGUUCUGCUUCUACAUCAUCUGGAAUUUGUUUGCUGGAUCAUCCUUCAGACACAUAUGGAUCAAAUCGUUAACGUGAAUGAGUUUCAAGAGCUGGCCAAAAGGGCUCUCCCCAAGAUGUAUUAUGAUUUCUAUAGCGGAGGAGCAGAGGAUCAACACACUCUCAAGGAAAAUGUGGAAGCUUUCACUAGAAUCAUGUUCCGUCCUCGGGUUCUCGUUGAUGUGAGCAAGAUAGAUAUGUCUACCAGAAUCUUAGGUUACCCAAUCUCAGCUCCAAUCAUGAUUGCUCCAACAGCAAUGCAUAUGUUGGCUCAUCCACAAGGAGAAACCGCCACUGCAAAAGCUGCAGCUGCGUGUAACACUAUCAUGGUACUAAAGUGUUUACUGGAACACAUGUUAUUGCAUUCUGUUUUGGGUCUUAAGGUGAUGACUAUACUUCUUUUUUUGUGGUUGUGUGAGUUUCAGAUAGUAUCAUACAUGGCGUCAUGCACUAUUGAGGAAGUUGCUUCCAGUUGUAACGCUGUUCGGUUUCUUCAAAUAUAUGUGUACAAGAGACGCGAUGUAACUGCUCAGAUGGUGAAAAGAGCUGAGAAAGCUGGAUUCAAGGCCAUUGUUCUGACUGUUGAUGUUCCUAAAUUUGGCAGAAGGGAAGCAGAUAUAAAGAACAAAAUGGUAUGCCCACAGCUGAGGAACUUCGAAGGUUUAAUUUCAACGGAAGUCCUACCUAGUGAAGGUUCAGGGGUUGAAGCCUUAGCCUCUAGUACAUUUGAUGCUUCCUUAACUUGGAAGGACAUCGAAUGGUUAAGGUCUAUUACAAAGUUGCCAAUUAUGGUUAAGGGGAUACUCACCCGUGAAGACGCUCUUAGGGCUAUUGAAGCUGGUGUAGAUGGAAUAGUUGUAUCAAACCAUGGGGCCCGCCAGCUUGACUAUUCACCAGCUACUAUAACUGUUUUAGAAGAGAUUGUUCAUGUUGUUGGAGGGAGGGUACCGGUUUUGCUUGAUGGAGGUGUGAGACGAGGAACAGAUGUUUUCAAAGCGUUGGCACUAGGAGCACAAGCUGUUCUUAUAGGGAGGCCUGUAGUCUAUGGGCUUGCAGCUAAAGGUGAAGAUGGAGUGAGAAAAGUGAUUGACAUGUUGAAAAAUGAGCUGGAGUUAACUAUGGCUCUUUCUGGUUGUCCCACCAUUGAUGACAUAACCAGAAACAAUGUUAGGACUGAGAGUGAGAGACUUAAAUCUAUGCUCUGAUCCUCAAAGACAUUUGUGGAAAGUGAUUGGUCUUUGUGUUGUUUCUAUGAACACCUAUGAGAGAAGGAUUUUCAGAAAGAUUGUAUCACGUUGUAUACAGUUUCAUAAGUGAAAUUCUCUGGUCUGAAACGAAAACA